AUGCCGGCGCGGUCUGAAUUCGCCCCGAUUCUAUCGCACAGGAUAGGAACGCGGGAAGGGCAAAAGGGAUGCGGCGUGCGCGGGGUGUCAUCUCCAACUCCUCCAGUGAGACAACUGUCGCCAUUUGAAAACUUGAAGUCGUCUGAUAUCUUUAAAUAUUUAGGUUCAAUUAGCGCUCCAAAUUUAUGGGCAGAACUAUUUUCUUAUGGCAAAUGGACAGUAAAUAUGAGGCAUAACAACGACCAACUUUUAGGCGAAAUAUUAAAUCGUGCAAGAAUAGGUGUAGUAACAAGCCAAGACUGUUGUGCUUUAUCUAAACGACUCCUUAAGUUUGCCGCUAAAAAUCAAAACAACCGAAUUUAG